AUGGUCACUGUCUGCACCGUGCUUUCUCUCCCGACGUCGUCUUCUACGUCUAGCCUGGCCCGCCUCGUCGCUACCGCUGUGGUAGGAUUCACUGUCAUCAUAGGUACCAUCUGCAUUCUUUUUACGACGUCUAACAUGACGCGUGCCUCCAGCGCUGUGUGUGCUCGUGUAACUAACAGGCAAAUGGACAAGAUAAAAAAAAUAGAUUAUGCAAAAUGA